GCACGUUAGUCGUUUUCGUAGUCGUUGUCGUCGUCGUCGUCGAAAAACCAACGACUUGAUAGAAAUUUUAUGCAUAUCGUUCUGCGAUUAAAACGAACCAAUCUUAAAUUCUAAACAGUGCAACGGAAUCGCAAGAAUUUCUCGAUCCUUUUGCAAAAAAGUGCAUCAAAAUCGAAUCACUUGAAGUGCACGAAAAACGCUAGCGAAAAACCCGCAUUGAAACCAUUUUCUGUGUGUGUGAGUAGAAAAAAAUGCGCUGCUGGUGCUGGAAACAAAAAAUGCGCUCGCCAUUUUGACUCGCGCGACAUCCAAAAUUUUCACUUGCUGCCAUAAAAAUAGGCACACUGUAAGGUGCACCAAUAAAGGCAAUAAGGCUCAAAUAUUAGCACUUCUAUUUAGUGCUGUGCAAAGUAUAUUUAAUACACGUGGUUACAAAUUGUGCACUGAAAAAUACGGAAUUCAUCGUAGGCCGCGCCACACACAGAUAUACACCCAUACAGACACACAUGCACAGGCAUUGACGCACACACACACACACACAUUUGCGGCUGCGUUGAUACAUUUUGGCGGCGUGUUAGUGAAUAUUAGGUCUUCCCCUCCACCCCACCUCCCCCAGCAACUCUAGGAAGAGGAACACUACAAGAAGAGUACUUACUGCUAAGUAAGUAACCCAGAAGGACAACAAGAAGGUAGUCGUGUCGUAGCAGGCAGCUAAGGGUGCAGGCCACCAAAAAGGAAGCAUCGCAAUCACUACACCUGUAAACACCUGAAAAUGGCGCAUAGCUCGGCAGCAAAUCAGACUACGAGUGGCGCAGUUAAAGCAGAUGAAGUCAACUAUUUCUAUCAGGAUGAGCACGGACAAAUUGUCAAAAUACUGAAGCCGGUGCAAGUGAAACAAUCGCAAUCUAUGGAUAAUUCAAAGUCCAGUUUGGUCUUCCCCAGCAGCUCAACACGCAGCGCCGGCGGCGGCAUCGGUAAUGUUGGGCGAGUGGGCGCCUUCAGUCAAAUGAGCACAACGAAUCAGGGACAAUUUAUAAAACUACAGGACAGUUGUAUUACUAUUCCAAAAACCGAAAAUAUUUCAUAUGUUGCACCUGCGUCAGCGCAGAAGGGCAGCGGCGGAGGCGGAAGCGAUAUGCACGAAGUGAUAAAGACCGAGCGAUAUGUGAAAUAUACGCCAAAUAAUGCCCUGAAAAUGAAAUCAAAAUUGCACACCAUACAGAACAAUUCCAUGCACACAAUGCCCGCCUCCUCAACGUCCGUGCAAAGGAAACGAAAGCCAGACAAGGCUGGCAAGGGACUGCGCCACUUCUCGAUGAAGGUGUGCGAGAAGGUGCAGGAGAAGGGCAAGACUACAUAUAAUGAGGUGGCUGAUGAUUUGGUUUCGGAAGAAGUAAAGAACAAUUCAUACGAUAACAACUGUGAUCAAAAGAAUAUCCGGCGACGUGUCUACGAUGCGCUCAACGUACUGAUGGCAAUCAAUGUUAUUUCUAAGGACAAAAAGGAAAUACGUUGGAUUGGCUUACCCGCCAACUCAGCCGAGCAAUUUCUGGCUUUGGAGUUGGAGAACAAUUUGCGACGUGAACGAAUCAAGCAAAAAAAUGAAAUGCUACGCGAAAUGGUGAUGCAGCAUGUGGCAUUCAAGGGUCUCGUGGAGCGUAAUAAGCGUGCUGAGAACCAGGGCGUGGUGCCAUCUCCGAACUCAUCCAUUCAGCUGCCGUUCAUCAUUGUAAAUACGCACAAAUCGACAAGGAUCAAUUGCAGUGUUACCAACGACAAAUCCGAGUACAUAUUCAAGUUCGACAAUACAUUCGAAAUGCACGAUGACAUCGAGGUUUUGAAACGCAUGGGUCUUCUCCUGGGCUUGGAUAAGGGCGAAUGCACGGGCGAGAAUAUUGAACAAGUCAAGUCUUGGGUUCCACCUAACCUGGCCAAAUAUGUGGAAGCGUACGGCACUGGUAAAAUAGAUCCGAUUUACGAUUCGGAUGACGAAGACAACGACUUCAAUACGUACCAUGAAACAACCAAUGAGUCUCAAAGCUUUGCACAACACACACAGCGUACCACCGAUGUCGAAUUCAAGUUGGAGCUGGACGAUGAUGAGCUCGAGGAUGACAUCGAUUGAGCAGACGAUGAUGAUGCGGAUGUGUCGUGGGCAACGGGGUCCCCUGCGGAUGCUGCUGGUUAUCUCAGCAGCAGCUAUGCAGAGGAUACAUUUAGUUUUACGUUUAUUAAUGCUUUGUUAGGAUUGCCACGCCCAUUUAGUUAGGCUGCCAAUUUCUCACGAUUCUCCUUUACCACACAGACCCACAUAAAAAAGCAUUCAACAGCUUUGAUUUUGUUUAUUUCUCAAUGAGACUUGAUUAAAUUAUAUAUAUAAGCAAACACAAAAAAAUUUUAUAAUUCUAAAUAUUACUUGGCGUUCAGUUUGUAUGUGUAUUUUUGAAGAUUAUUUUUAAGCGCAAAACAGUUACAAUAAUUUUCUACUUAAGCAGAAAAUUGUAUUUUAGUGAAAAUAUACAAAAGUAAAAUGCCUGUCUUCUUUUUAGUUGUUAAACGAUUGCUGCUUGAGCAAAGCGAACAGAGUUUUUAAAAAGUUUAUCUUAAAUGUUGUAAGUGUAGAGCAACUUUUUUAAACUAUAUAUUGUACACCAAAUCUUUAAAGUGACAGCAAUAAAAUAUAUAAUAAAAACAAAUAUUUUUUAGAUCUACAAGUUGCAGUGCAAACUGUAGACAAAAAAAAAGCAUA